UUCCUUUCAGAGUGAACACUUGUCUUUUCAGAAGUCUUUGGAUGAGUGUAAAAGAUUUUCAUCAGAGAACUGAGGGUUUGUUCUGAAUUCUGCAAAACUGCCCUUUAUCUGGCAAAACUUAGACUCUACACUGGAGUGAUCCAAACUCUAAGAUGUCCUCCUAUAAUUGUCAAGAGGAAGGCACCAUCAAAAGUCAUGAGUGUGUCCUGAUUUACAAAGCGGAGUCAGAGGGAGAUGGCAACCACUCUGCAGACAAUAACCUAAUUGGACUCACCACCAAGGUGUUCACAGUGAAGAAACUGGAAGAAAUCAACACGUGCUACAACAGUAAUGGGCUGGAGAAAAUGACAAUUUUUCAGUGCAUGGAUAAGGUUGAGAAAGUGAAAUGUUUUCUGGAAGAAAGUUCUAGUGAACAGGAUUCAAGAUCUGGAAAGAAUGAGGCUAAGGAGAAAGCAUGGCCACACCCCAACCUGAAGGAAAUUGCACAUGGCAAAGGAAAAAGGACCUCAGCUCUCAUAGAUGAUCUCCAGGCUCCACCUGCCCCAUUUAAUCAUCGCAUUGUAACAGCCAAGCAAAUAGCCAUCAACAACUACUAUACUGUGAACCGAAUGGAAAUUUUAGGAGGAGGGCGCUUUGGCCAGGUUCACAAGUGUGAAGAGAAAGCCACAGGUCUGAAGUUGGCAGCCAAGAUUAUCAAGGCCAGAAGUGUCAAGGAGAAGGAUGAAGUGAAGAAUGAAAUCAACAUCAUGAACCAGCUGGAUCAUGUCAACCUCAUUCAGCUAUAUGAUGCCUUUGAGUCUAAGAAUGAAAUCAUCCUGGUCAUGGAGUAUGUGGACGGAGGAGAGUUAUUUGACCGCAUCAUUGAUGACAACUACAAUCUGACUGAGUUGGACACCAUUCUCUUCAUUAAGCAGAUUUGUGAGGGGAUAAGACACAUGCAUCAAAUGUACAUUCUCCAUUUGGACCUGAAGCCUGAGAAUAUCCUGUGUGUGAAUCGGGAUGCUAAACAAAUAAAAAUUAUUGAUUUUGGAUUGGCCCGAAGAUACAAACCUAGAGAGAAACUGAAGGUGAACUUUGGAACCCCAGAAUUUCUUGCCCCUGAAGUCGUGGAUUAUGAUUUCGUUUCCUUUUCCACUGACAUGUGGAGUGUGGGAAUCAUUACUUAUAUGCUACUUAGUGGUUUAUCUCCCUUCCUGGGUGACAAUGAUGCUGAGACUCUGACCAAUAUCCUGGCCUGCAGAUGGGACUUGGAAGAGGAAGAAUUUCAGGACAUCUCAGAUGAGGCCAGGGAGUUCAUCUCUAAGCUUCUGAUUAAGGAGAAGAGUUGGAGAAUAAGUGCAAGUGAAGCUCUCAAGCACCCUUGGUUGUCAGACAAUAAGCUCCACUCAAGACUUAAAGCAGAGAGAAAGAAUUGCCGCUCUGAUGGUCAGGAUCCUGUAACCAAAUAGUUUCAGGAAGGUGCCAGUUUGAAAGGAAAACUGCUGCGGUUGCUGCUGCUUUGAGAAGAGUUUUGGAAAAAUCAGCAGUUCUGAUUCCUUGACCCUGUGAUGACUGUUGGCCAUAGUGGAGAAGUUGCAACCGUGUUUGUGUUUGAACUUUGAGAACCUCUGCCACAGUUGUGGGGGUGUCCAGUACUGUGAUCUGGGGGUGCAGGAAAGUCUCACACCUCUUUAAUCACACCCCAAUAUCCCAUGGUAGUAUACAAGUGGGACUGUGUCUCCUUGCCAUGUUGAGGUGUUUCUUUUUAAUUUUUUUUAAUCUCAUGGGUCUAUUAGUUCUGUUAUUUCUCAGAUCACUAGUGUGAUCAUACUCGAGUUAUUUGAUAUUUUUCUUAAUACCUAGGGGUUUCAUUUAAAGAAAGGAGCUGCUUUUAUAUUUAACUGUACUUUGUAUUUCAAAUGAGUACUUUUCAAAUCAUCAGAAAAAAAUUUGAAUAUUGGGAGACCUUUGAGUCCUUAGGUUCUCAGACUGCAUUAUUAUGAUUUGGUCAGAAAUCAGGUGAGUCCAGUUGACAAUGAUUUGUCUCCUGGAGCAUAUGUUUCUUUGAAUUUUGAAGCGAGAGGCCUAAAACCUGACCUCGUCCGUUUAUUCUGAGUUCUUCUUUAAACCCAUCAGUUUCUUCCAAGCAGUUGCUUUUAUUUUAUAAUGAGUAGCACACAUUUUCACAAUGCGUUUACUCCCUUUUCUCUUCCGAUUGAACAUUGACUAGUAUAAAACAUACUGGUUUUGAUGCGAAGUAUAAGGGGCAUCAGUUGAUGGUUAGUCUUUAAAAUCAUAACUUUUGGAGUAAUGU